GCGACAAAUACGACUUUACGAGAGUCACGUGAAAGCCGCAUUAAAUCUCAUUGAGGCGGCAGUCCCGCGUGCCAAAUCUUCCAAGAAGAACACACAGGACACGGAGAAGCCUGGGAGAGUCACAACAACCGCUCGGGGGGAAGAAAACCAGCGCGCGGGGUCUUUGUUGACUUUUUGAAGUAGUCUCUACGGAAACGUUAGCCACACCGGGCGGAGGUGGGAGCCGCAGCAGGUGCCUGAUAGCGAUAAACUUCGAGGCAAAACUCCACAGAUCAUCAGUGGAUCGAAAACGGAGCCGGAGAAACUCAUUUGAUCACGUUGUUGCUUUGGAAAAACUUGGAAGGCGCAUGGGAAUGUUUAUUCCCAGCUAGAACUUUUUGAAGUUGUGUGUUCGCAGGAAAUAUCAACCUCCUAUUCCGUUUUUUCCCUUCAUCCCGUAAACAUGGAGAGUGAGCGUUCAAGGAAUCGUACUCCAACGACGUCACUCGUGCACCUAUGAAAUAUUGGCAUUUUUGGAGUUGGAUAAAAUAGAUUUAAUCAACUUUUUCAGCUUGCUACUGGAGCAGAAGACACCAUGGAGAAAAGCAAGCCGACCAACGGAACGCAGGUUUUAGCCGCGAGCAGAGCUAAGGACCGAGUCGACAGACUGGAUCCGUAUGGCUUUGAGCGCUCAGUGGACUUUGACUAUGCGUCCUAUGAGGAGCUCAUGUCCGAGUAUUUGGUUGUGCUCACCCGCCGAUCUAUUAAGUGGUCCAAACUCCUGAAGGGUAAAGGAAAGGUGCAGAAGAAUGUGAAAUUGAAACGGUAUGUACGGAAGGGGAUUCCCAAUGAGCACCGCGCUUUAAUCUGGAUGGCAGCCAGCGGGGCUCAGGACCAGCUCGAGAAGAACCCAGGUUAUUACCAGUCCAUGCUGGAAGCUCAGCACGACCCCAAACUCGUGGAGACCAUCAAAACAGAUCUACACAGAACAUUUCCAGACAACGUACAUUUCCGCAAGACUUCCAACCCGUGUUUGCAGAAAGCUCUGUACAACGUGCUGCUGGCCUACGGUCACCACAACCCAGCUGUGGGUUACUGCCAGGGGAUGAACUUCAUAGCGGGUUACCUCCUGAUCAUCACAAAGGAUGAAGAAAAGUCCUUCUGGCUGAUGGAUGCUUUGCUUGGUAAAAUCUUACCAGAUUACUACACUCCAGCCAUGCUGGGGCUGAAAGCGGACCAGGAGGUUUUGGGGGAACUGGUGAAAGUUAAAAUCCCUCGAGUCUGGCAGGUUAUGUCUGACCACAAUGUCAUGUGGACCCUUGUAGUCUCCCGAUGGUUCAUCUGUCUCUACAUAGACAUCUUACCUGUUGAGACAGUUCUGCGCAUUUGGGACUGCCUUUUCUACGAGGGCUCAAAAAUCCUGUUCCGUGUAGCCCUGACGCUGAUCCACCACAACCAGGCUCUAAUUGAAAAGGCCCAGUCCCUGCCAGACGUCUGCCAAGCCUUCAAGGAGAGCGUCCGCGGACCAUUAGUGGACGAGUGUCACACAUUUAUGCAGAAAAUCUUCAAUGAACCAGGAACCCUCUCUAUGGCCACGCUGACCAAACUGCGGACGACGUGUCGAGCUCGAAUCGUCGCUGAAGAAUCCUGACCUCAAAGUGGCCUGUCUGCACCUUUAACUUUAGAACCGAGUCACUGUAAACCUCGUCUUAAAAUUCUCUCAAGAAGAGUGUCGUAUAAGCUGAUCAUUUCAAAUGAUUUAUAAUAUAUAUUUUACUUAAACAUGGAAUUAAGCACUUUAGUCCAGGAUGUCUUAGAUGCAAUCAAGGGAAUCAAAUGUUCGCUAAGAAGAACUUUAUUCUGUAAUCUUCUGUGAAUAACUUAAGAGUUGACCGAGAUGAAUUUCAAAUAGAUGUUUAGAAGAUGGUCUGUAAAUAUUCAAGUAGUUUAUACUUUAUACUGCUACUGUGCUAACCUUUAACACUUUAUUUCACUGGAGAACACUGAUUCUAGCUGAGGAUUAUGUGUAAUGAAAUGCACAGAUGAUUAAACACAGUAGAGCAAACAAUC